AUUGUAUGACUUACAUUUCACCGUGAGAAAACACAGCAAAUCUCUUCAACCUUUGCAAAUGUUGAGCAACAGCUGUAAUAAUAUCACAAAAAAAUACUGAAAAUUCUCCCUCAACAACAUACAACAGAAAUAGGUUCUCAUUGUAGCCAAAUAUCAUAUCCUGUCAUCGCGACGAUUCUAUUCCUCAAGAUAAGCUAACAACAAGCUUUAAUUUGCUCGAAAAAUCGCACAAACGUUUCAUGAAAAUCUACUUCCCUGAGCUUUGAAUCAUUUGCUGCUGCAUUUCAGGUAUCAAGAAAACAAACAUAACCCAUGAGUACUUGGUUGUUUCUGAUGAUAUGUUGUUUGUAAUGUCAUGUGUCUGUUGUUGGUUGUAGAUUGCCAUGGAGCUCUUCCAGAAAGCCAAAGUGGUUCGCCUCCGAAGCCACCACGACAAGUAUCUACUUGCGGACAGUGAUGAAGAAAAUGUCUGCCAAGAUCGAAAUGGCACGGUUAUGAAUGCCAGGUGGAUUGUGGAGUUCCCAGAAGAUGGAACCGUUUUACGGUUCAAGAGCUGCUAUGGCAAAUACCUGACAGCCUCCAACAUGCCACAGCUGCUAGGAGUGACAGGGAAGAAAGUGAUACAAACCCUGCCUAGAAGAUUGGAUUCUUCCCUGGAAUGGGAACCUAUCAGAGAAGGAUUUCAGGUCAGGCUAAAGACAAGAUAUGGACAAUAUUUGCGGGCGAAUGGGGGCUUACCUCCAUGGAGAAACUCUAUUACACAUGACAUUCCUCAUAGAACAGCAACACAAGAUUGGGUCCUGUGGGAAGUUGAUGUUGUAGAAAUAAGAAUGCAACCUGCAAUUCCACCACCAAAUCCAGUACCUGCAAUACAACCUAUUAAACAAAUCAACACCAUGCCUCCUGUGCCUUCUGUGCCAUCUGAGCAGCCUUCUGACCCUUCCAAGCCUUCGGAACCAAGUUCUCCUACUUCGAUACAUCUUACAUCUGCUAAACUGUCAAGGCUAGAGUCAGAUGAUUCAUCUGUGGUUUCUCCAGUAAAAUGUGAAGGCAGGGUUAUUUGCUACAAGUUAGCUGCCAACAAUGGUGAUGUUGAUGAUAAAGCAGAAGAGCUCUCCUUCACUUUCAAGGGAAAUGGUGUCGAAGAUUUGAAACAAAAGCUGGAGGAAGAAACUGGGCUUGAAAAUAUUCUGGUUUGCACGCGAAAUCCGUUUAAUGGAAAGCUUUAUCCCCUACGAUUACAUCUUCCUCCGAACAAUGCAACUAUGCAUGUAGUUGUGCUGCCAUCAUCAGGCAAAGGUUAGAAGAAUUUCUAAAUUCUGGACUCAUUUUUUUGGUCUAAUCUUUAAUUAUGCAUCUUUUGAUCAUCUAUAAGUUAUAUACUGUCUCACAUAAAGCAAUCAUACCAAUAGUUCUCAUGCACCUUCGCCUAGUAUAGGAUAAAUUGAUUGUCUUCGAUUAACCAUAUCAGAUGACAAAACCAGCAAAAAGUCCACUUCCAUUUUUCUCAAGUUUUGACACAAACAUAAACAAAUCAUAGGAAAUCUCGACUCCAUAAAGCAUUUUAGAGAACUUUGAAAAUCCAACCUUGGUUGUUUCAGUUGAAACUAAAAUCUUUAAAUAGGAACAACACCACUUGUCUUCAACAUUUAGCACAUAAUAUUGCCAUGAAAAUCUUUUUAAAAAGAUCUUGUUUUUCUCAUUGUGAAUGAGUACAUCUCAAAUCAAAGUAAAGGAUUGAAAUUUUUGCUGGAGAUAGAUUCCAGAGUUUGAAGUGAGGGAUCGCACGCACUUGGCAUUCAGAUGCUUAUGAUCUAUUCCACCACCAAACAUAGGGACACAAAUAAUUCGGCGAACUUCCGCUAAACACAUCUAACGGAUGGCUAAGGCUCCUAAGACUGUAUAUGCAACAUCAAUUGACUUGUUAUUCAGAGAGUAACAUAUACAUUAGGCAUAACUGACACUGGAAGUUAAAGAACUUGAACUUCACCUG